AGUUAAUUUCCUGAAAAUUUUUUUGUAGAUUUUACGACUUUUUAAAGAACACCGCAAAAGGCGAAGAAAGAAGUAGAUAGAAUAUGAAUCUUGACACGAGAAUCAACAGACGCAAAGAGAAGAACCUUUUAGGAUAGAAUAUUAUCUUGUGGUUUGUAGACCCGUCGUUGGGAUCCUUGAAUACAUGGUUCCAACAGUUGCAAAUUUAAUUAUACAUUUUGGCCUUCCAUGUUAUAUUAAACAAGCAAUUGAAAUUUGGACCCUUCACAAAACGACAGAAAACCUACUAAACACAUGGAAGAGAAAAGUUAUCCGGUAAGAAUACGGACCAAAAAAGGAUAAAUAUAUAUUGAGGAAUACGAACCAACCAAGAAUUGUAUGGACUAUAUCAGGAUUACAGAUUACUAGAAGCAUAUAGAGAGAAUGCCAAAUGACAGUGUGGGAGAAGAGGGUACAUCACCAAAACCCCAGAGGAAAACGGCUCAAAGGCAGACCUAGGGGAUGGAUGAUGUGGAAAAAGAUCUACAGCAGCUAGGAAUCCAAGCAUGGAAAAGAAAAAACAUCAGUUAUGGCUGAGCGGAAGGAUGUGGUGAGGCAGGGCAAAGCCCGACAUGGGCCGUAGUUCCACAUGGAUGGAUGGGUGUGAUAUUCAGCAACUCCAUACCAUGGAUCUGAAUAAUUUAAGCGAAAAAUGUGUGAUUUUGUUACCAAACAUCUGUACGUUUAAGGACAGUCCGUAAAAGCUUUGUGAUGUCCGACACUGAAAAUGAGAUAUUGGGAGCAAUAUGUUUUAAAGCGAACGUUUCGGGUUCUCUCCACUUCUAUGGCUUGAAACUUGUAGGAUCAUGAUGAGGAGAAGUUCAACACGUUCAGACUUCUAUACAACAAGAUAAUUCCAUAUGGUAGUCUCAAGCAUGAGUCAAACUAGCAUUAUUAUAACAUCCUAUUCCAUGGGAUAUUUAAAACAAAAAUUGCGGCGUUAGGUCUAUUUUAAGUGUGUCCGUAAAUGUUUGGCUUAUUAAAAUGGUGUUGUUGUUUUUUUUUGUUUUUUUUUGAAUUGGUGACCUUGAUUGAGACAUGGCGCCUCUCGGGAUGUAGAUGGUUUGAGAAGGGGCGCCUCACGGGAUGUAGAUGGCGUGGGAAGUGGCGCCUCACGGAAUGUAGAUGACGUGAGAAGUGGCGCCUCUCGGAAUGAAGAUGGUUUGAGAAGGGGCGCCUCACGGGAUGUAGAUGGUUUGAGAAGGGGCGCCUCGAGGGGUGUAGAUGGUGUGGGAAGUGGCGCCUCGCGGGUUGUUGAGGACGUGAGAAGUGGCGCCUCUCGGAAUGUAGAUGGUUUGAGAAGGGGUGCCUCGUGGGAUGUAGAUGGCGUGAGAAUGGGCGCGUGGACUGGGUGAAGAUGGCGCGAGGAGUGGCGCGUGGACUGAGGGGAAAAUGGCGUGAGAAAGAGUGCUUCACGGGUUGUAGAUAAUUUGGAGAUUCUAGAUGAACUCAAGAAAAAAUGAUUCCAGGAGGAUUACCAACACCAUUACAGUGUCUUCAUUCGCUUGUGCCAUUGGCAGAUUCUUCUGUUGCGAUCGCGCACCACAAUAAUGUUGACAAUGCUAGAAACCGUAGCAAGUGCAAAAAAAAAAAAUGAAAAAAAAAAAAAAAAAAAAAAAAAAAAAAAAAAAAAAAAAAAAAAAAAAAAAAAAAAUUCUAAAUUAAAGUGGAUCAGGAAUUAUUAAUUGAGAUCAUCGAUGUCUGAGAUUCGAUUGAAUGGAUUGCCAACAUCGUCAUAUGAACAAGACUUUUUGUAUUACCCUUGGCGAUGAAAAGCUCUGUAAAAAUUCCCUUUUUCUUAGCUGCCAGAUUACCGUCUGAAAAUUAUUGCUAUUUAAAUUAUGCAGUCUAUUUAAGAGUAUGUAGCUCAUUCAGGUCUGGUAUUUGUUUUUUUUUCUUUUCGGAAAUGUAUUUUAACAAUCAUGAGAUUAGCAACGGUCGAGUCAUUAGGUUCAGGGUCAUUCAACUGUUACAGCAUAUAAUUAUAAUCAUUUAGGAACCCAAGCGAGUAAAUAGAUACCCAAUAUGAUCUGUCCCAUGAUAAUGGCCAGAAUGUCCAAGAAAGACCAUGGCACGUCCCAUGAUUAUGGCCAGCAUGUCCAAGAAAUACCAUGAAGCGUCCCAUGAUUAUGGCCAGUAUGUCCAAGAAAGACCACGAUGUGUCCCAUGAUAAUAAGAAAGACCAUGACGCGUCCCAUGAUUAUGGCCAGUAAGUCGAAGAAAGACCAUGAUGUGCCCCGUGAUUAUGUCUAGUUAGUCCAAGAAAGUCCAUGACGUGUCCCAUGAUUAUAUGUCCAGUAAGUCCAAGAAUAUAACGUGUCUUAAUAUAUCAUCGGCCGGGGAAUAUAACGUCCAAAGCCUCGCAAAAUAUAAUUUUCCCCAAGGCCCCACACCCCCUCCCCCCAGCGACGCCCCUGUCAUUUCCGUGAAACUAGCAGCUGCUACCCAUUUUUUAACAACUCGGGACUUUUGUUUAAAUCAUCCGGGUUUUUUUUAUAUUUUUUAUUUAAAUCGACGUGGACUCUUGUUUAGAUCUUUCAAAACUUCAAUUAAAUCAGAAACCAAAUCAAUAAAUAGUAAUCCCAGUCAAUUAAGAAGCUUUUAAAUUAGAAGUGGCCAAUGAAUGGCAUUCAAAAGUUUGCGUCAAAAAAAAAAUAAAAAAAUCGAUCACUCGGAAACUAGUUUUAAUCCAUCAUUUGCAGCCAUCUUGGCUUGGUGCUUUGCUUUAGCACAGUUCAGUCAUUGGAACUCUGGCACAUCACAAUCAUAAACACAUUAGAGUCAUUGGGCCAUAACGUUUUUUCUUUUUUAAAAUGUAUAUUCAGUGUGUUGUCAAUCUUUGAAUGUUCAUUUAUUUAGAAUAAAACUACGUGUGAUACCUUGUAUAAUAUUAUAUUGGCACAUCCCAAAAGAUGGAGCUGGUUGCGAUUGUAUUGGCCAGGGGAAAAAAAGGGGGGGGGGGGCUUUUUAAGAGCGUCAGCUAAAGCCCCCUUACCAUUUAGUUAGUAUUUUGAUUAAACCCCUGGUAGAUAUUCAUAUUUCGCAUUGCCCCCGCAUGUACCAGGUCACACAGUGAUUCACCAAAACGCUACAAGAUGACGGCACCACAUAUUUUAAUGGCUCCUCGUCAAGAGUUAGAUAUUUUUCAGUCAAUACACACUAACAUCAUUGAACUUAUCUAUGUACAAAAUUAUUAUAUAUUUUUUUACACAUUUUGUAAAUAUUUUUGUAAAGAUUUCUGGUACCGCGCAACAGCUCCUCAGAAAAGAAAUGUUGAUUACUGAUUAGAAAAUCUUUCUUUCUGAGAUGUGUGACGUUGUGCUUUAUAGACGCCCCCAACAGCCCUAAUAAUUCUUUGACUUUUAUAUAUAUAUAAUAAUAUAAUAUGCUAUCUUUUGCUUGCUUUAAAAUUAUAUGUGGGUUUUUUUUUCUUUAAUUUAGAAAACAUUAAUUUUUUUAGACAACAGUUUUUUUUUGUUUUUUAGGAUUCUUUAAUUACCGGUACGUGUUAUUUUUUUGUUAAAGUUGAAAAUUCAGACAUUAUUUUAAAAUGUUAAAAAUGCAGACGUUAUUUUAAAAUGUUAAAAAUGCAGACGUUAUUUUAAAAUGUUAAAAAUGCAGACGUUAUUUUAAAAUGUCAAAAAUGCAGACGUUAUUUUAAAAUGUUAAAAAUGCAGACGUUAUUUUAAAAUGUUAAAAAUGCAGACGUUAUUUUAAAAUGUUAAAAAUGGGCACGGUCAUGGAUUUAUAAACCUCAUGAAAUAAAAAAAACUCGACCCCGCUUCCCGCUUGGCUGGCUUGGGCCUCUACGCAAACCUGUUUCACCACCAGGUGCAAUGGUCCUACUUGUUAUCGGUGUCGAGACAGCUGUUGACACCGGCUGAAGAUCUCUUCGACCCUCUGAAGUCAUUUUCACAACACAAGAAAAAAAAAAGAAGAUAAACACCACCCUCAAAACUAUCCAUGUUAUUUUGAGAGGUUCUCAUUCUGUGACAGCCGUAGGAUUUUUUUUUUAUUCGUCUAAGAAGCAUUUUGUGAAAUGAAAGUAUAAAAAAAAAUAUAUAUAUAUUCGAAAUGUCUUAAAACAAACAAAGAUCUUAAGAGCUCAUUGGUCAAAUAACUCUAGUUAUGAAUUAAACACAUUGAAAUAUUUUAUGGGCCAAACAAAAUCGUUACGGCAUCACUGGUCUGAUCUUUUCAUAAACAACAAACAAAGAAAUGGUUGAACCCAGGUGUUAAAAAAACACUCUAUAAUUAUUUUUAAUUACUGUAAUGUUUAGCUUCUUUAAUUUUAAUCUCGUAAUUCUUACAUUGCUUAUUCUGUGAUUAAACAACACCCGAAUCUUACCAUUCAGUUUUAAACAAUUUCAAUUUUCAUUCUCUCUCCAUAUAUAUUAGUAGAAGAAAUGUUAGAAUUUAUGGCUAAACAAAGAGGAAUACAAACACAAGAAUUAUUAUUAUUAUUAUUUUUAAAUAAUAAAAAUGCUUCCUGUUCUAAGCCCUAAGCUACACUGACAUAAAUGAGACUCUCGAAGCCAUACGUUUUUAUUUCUAUUUUUAAUUUAAAGUAUAUGUUGUUCAUUUUUUUUUUUUUUUAUUGUCUGCCGAAGAAGGCGUCUCGCCGAAACGUCUUUUUAAUUGUCAUGUCUUUCUAUUUACAUGCAAAAAGCAUGUCUUGUUCCGCUAUUUAUUCAAUUCUCACAGCUUCAACACAGUUCCUAAAUAUAUUAUCUAUAUAUCUUUUUUUUUUUAAAUGAAGCAUUGAGUUUUAAUCUUCAAAAUAAAAAAGCUUGAACAUAAUUUAAAACGCGUCAUUAGCAAGUCUCAUUAAGCUGAUGGUUGUAAAACAUGCUCUUUGGUCUAUUAAUGCACACCUAUGACAACCUGAUGGCACGCACGCUAAAUUAAUUACUGCAUGCAGAUUUGACUAUUUCAAAAGGUCGUGCAAUAAUUGUGUAAGUACAGUAUAAAACAAUUAAGGUCAUCAAGUGAUGAGUGGAUGGAUGGACGGGGGUACACGACACCGUGAUAAGGAAACGAGACCUGUAUGUUGUCGCAGCACAAACCGUUUAUUGUUUGAAACAAAACAAAAACAACCCAAAAAAAAAAAAAACUUACACAAAAAGAUCCCGCUUUUGCGUUAACUUGGGCUUAUCUUAGUCUUAGCCAGUUCUAAUAAUAAUUAUUAUUUUGUGUGACUUUAUAAAUUAUUAUAAAUGGUAAGUAAACGUUAAGUUAUUUUUAGAUUAGUAUUUAAUCAUUUAAACAUCAGCUUCAUUAAAAAAAAAACACAACCAAAAACAUUUUAAAAUAAACAUAAUUAAUUGAAACAUUAUAAAAGGAAAUGGCGCUGAGGACAAAACCGUAUGUUGGAAAUGAAGCGUAUGUGAAGAAGAGAGUAACUCCUGUAAAUGUAUAUUCAGGGGAAAACGUUUAAUAAAAUACGGAGUCAAAGUAAUUAUACAUGUAGGUUUAUACCAGAAAGUAAAGAGACACAUUUUGCAAUCGACCGAUAUUCCAAACUUUUUAAUCCUACACAUUUUAUUCGAACGGAUGUUUUUAUUGGGUUUUUUGUGUGUUUUCCAAGGCUAGUUUUCAAGCGGAGAAUAUCUCCCAAAUGAACCAAUAUCAAGAAUAUCGCCCUAUAAAUCAAUAUCUAGAAUAUCGCCCAAUUAACCAAGAUCGAGCAUAUAGCUCUAUUAACCAAUAUCGAGCAUAUCUCUUCGUUAACCAAUAUCGAGUAUAUCGCCCCAGUAAACAAUAUCGAGAAUCGUGAAUGGCACACUUUUAUUUCUUUCUUUUUUUUUGAACAGUCGAAUUCGUUCUAAUUAUUCCAAAACCUCAAUCUGUAACAUAUCAUCAUGCCCAGUAGGGCCUACGCAGGUCCAAAAAUAUUAAUAUCCAAAGUUGUAUUUAAUUUCUUUAUGACAGUUUAUAUAUAUAUAUAUAUAUAUAUAUAUAUAUAUAUAUAUAUAUAUAUAUAUAUAUAUAUAUAUACAAUGGAUUGGUUGAACUAUUCCGCAGUCAGCAACAGAACAUACACUUAGAAUUAAACAACCCUUGAGAACAAAGUUUUUAGUAUAAAUAUAUUUUUUAUAUCCAUUUUAUAUAAUUUUACUUGACAUGAAUAUUGUAAUGACCCACCCUAUUUUACACCGCAGAUUUAUUUCACCAACGAUUUCAGAAAAUUAAAUUAAAUAUUACGCACCAAACUCAGUUGUGAAAUUUUGUUUACGAAUCUUAUUUAGCACAGUUAUCGGGUAUUUUGUUUCUUGAAAUCUGUGACAUCAUAAUUAUCCUUCAUCUUCCCCUUGAAAAAGAUUUUAAAAAUAGAUUUUGGGGGGUUGGGGAUAAAAAUUUGAUAGAAUGCACUGUCAUUAGCAACGAGUCUAUGUUCCAAGUUUUAGCUCAAUAGCUGGACGGGAAAUGGGUCAAUUUACCUUCCGAAGAUUUCACCACACACCCAGAAAGAAAGAAAUACUCGAGCAAAUGUGAAGUUAAUAUAAAGGAUUUAAUAAUAAUAAUAAUGAACAAGCACGAUCAUUUUGAUUUGACAGAGAUUACAUUGUUUAUGUUGUAGCAAGAACUCGCUCUUUUUUAAUCUUCGGGACGUUCCUAUUAUAUUAUUCUAUGAUGAACAAUCAAAAUAACUAAACAUUGUGUUUCAAUUUAAAUUAUGAUAUCUGAUGUGUGACAUUUUUAUUUUAAUGUAUAAACGUUACUUUGAUAGUCUUGAUUGAACAAUUUUCUGGUUAAGUUAUGAAAGUCUUGGUGUUUAGACUUUUAAGCCAGUUAACUCGUGCACUUUAAUUACCUGACAAAGCUGAACCUCCAAUAAAAUGUCGAGAUAUUAAGUUAUUCGAGUGUUUAUCACUGUACACUACUCAUAUAAUGGGAGGGAUAAGUUAUACUCUGUCCGGGGGGGUGGGGGUAUAGUCUGGCCUUGGUUAUUUUGACCCCCAGCGUAUAGUUUGGCCACGGGGCGUCUAUCUCCAACCCUCAUGCCCCCCUCCCUUUAUCUUCGUUUUGGUCAAUUCUGGCUGUGGUUAUGCCAGUCAUCACAGUCAUGGUAUUGGUUCCCAAUGAAUAUUACUAAAUACAGUAUUUUACAGUUUAAAAAAACUGUUAGAACAUUGUUGACUCUGCAAUAAUAAUAUUGAUAACAAUGAACGAUUAAAAUUUUGCUAAUAGCACAAUAAUUCUUCACAUUUUUCAUUAGAUAAAUGAGACACAAACAAUUUGUGUAAAUAAAACAAUAUAAAUUUAGCUUUACUUAAGGAUACACAAAAUACAAAUUUAAAUGUUUCGUCAAACGCCUUCGUCAAUUCAACAACAAAAAAUAAGAACAUUAAUAUAUGCAUACAUUUUAAAACAAAAAUUGUGUCUCAUUGAUCUAGUGAAAAGCUUUAUCGUUUAUUAUUUGUAUUGUCCCCUCCCUCCCCCCCCCCCCUUUUUUUUUUUUUUUGCUUAGACGCCCUUGAGCUUACCCUGGGCUUAAUGUGGACAGGUGUGCCCUCUGGCGUGUUACACCCGGAAAUUGAGCUUUCGAUUCUUGUCCAAGUCACCAUGAUUUUCUCUCUACUUCCAAGCAUACUGCCCCAUCCUCGCACAAUUUAUUUUUAAACACACAUUAAAAAUUUAACUUGUAAUCUUUUUCAGUGGAAUUUAUAUCUAUAUUUUUAAUGCAACAGGUGAACAUACCAAAGAGCAGAAGAACACACUGCAAAAAAUGUAAGAAGCACACAGAGCACAAGACGACGCAGUACAAAAGGAGCAAAGAGCGUAAAACGGCAGCAGGUGACUACACUUUAUUACGCGCUAUUACACAAAUGGUUAUUGGUUCAUCACAACAACUCGUCAGGUCAACAAAUCAAAAUUAUAAAUCUGGAAAUCAGAAACUGCAGACAGCUUUUUUUUUCGUUCACUGAGAGGAUUUCCCGGGAAUUCGUGUGUUAAAAUCGUGCAUAAUCCCAGAAUCCCGUUCGAGAAACCCUAAAUCUUGCCCAAUAUAAUUCUGAUAGGAGAUCGACGGAUGAAUUUGCUGAAACAAAAUUGUUAAAACUAGUACGGAUCUGAAACAAAUAAUUAUAACGAGACUUUAGAAUAACUCUAAAAACGAAGAUGACGAUUUUGACGAAAGAAAUGACCUUCUGAGCAAACAAUAAAAGGAAAGUAAUCCUUGUUUAAAAACGGAUAACUUUAAACAUCCAUGUCAUGAAAUGCAAUUUCUUUUAAAUAUAAUUUAUAUCCAUUUAUGUUCCGAGCUAUCCUAUUACAUUUCCUGGCAGGCCCCCACCCGCAUGCCAUGAAGGCAUUUAGUAUAGCAUAAGUGUGAAGGAAAAAAAUUAGUCUCAACAAUUUAAUGUUCCUUAUUUUACUUCCACAUGUGUGCAUUUGAAGGGUAUCCGAAGGCAGUAGUAAUAAGUAAUAAUAUCUGAAUAAAACUGCCUCAUGCAGUAUGCCACUCUAGUAAUACAAUUCCAAAUUAAUAUUUUUUUUCCGCCUCCAACCAGGUAAAAGGCGGUACGAUCGAAAGAAUUCUGGGUUUAAAGGGCAGACAAGACCAAAAUUACGGAAGAAGGUUGGUAAUGGUAGAUUCGUAUUUAUUCCUAUUAUAAGAUAAGACUCACACAACACCUUUAGAUAAUGUUCUAUUUUAAAAUGAUAAUAAUUUUAGACAUGCUAUUUUAGUCUAACAUAGCAAACAACAGCUUUUGAUACGUCAAAUGUAUAUGGUCCCAAAAGCACGACUAAAUAAAUACCUUGUUUUGUAUAUUAUCUAUUAUCUUUUCAAAUCAAAGGCCAAGACUUCGAAGAAAAUAGUUCUCAAACUGGAAUGUAAAGAAUGUGGGAUAAGAAAGCAGAUUGCCAUCAAACGAUGCAAGCAUCUACAACUCGGGGGUGAUCGUAAGAGAAAGGUCAAUAACGCUUUUGAUAAAAAUGUGUUCCGUAUUUUUUUAAAACACACGAGGACUCAUUUUUGCGUGCUUUUCCGUUACUAACUAACACACAUAUGGGUCUGAGAUUACUCUCUUAUGACCCCGGCUAGUAAAUUGGCUAUCAACUCCAUCUGUUGAGCUGAGCCAUACAACAUUUUUCUCACAAAGGGUCCUCCAACCACCCUGGCAUCCCCGGGAGAUCUAGGGACAUUCAGUCAACAGGUGCUCUAGAGUCUCCUGGGCCAGGCUGCAAUUCCGGCUUUUUCGUUAUUAUAUACUGUGAUGGUUUGGCAUUAGUUUUUUUAAUGUUAUUUCUAAACAAACUUCAUCUACAUUAAUAGACUAUAUAUGCGUGUCCCAAUUACGCCUACAACCGUACUUAAAUAUCAGGCCUAUACUUUAUGAAGUCUAUUUGCAAUAUAAAGCCAUCAUUUGUACUCUGAUUAAAUAUGAAUCAACACAGAUAGUCUAUUUGUGACUUCAAAAAAUAAUUUUAAAAACCUACACUAUUUUUUUUCCAGGGAGAGGUUCUGACCUUCUAAUCCAUAGAAUUGGCGCCUUGGCUUGUUAUGGAUCCCAAGAAAUGUACCUUUGUGUAAUUAAUUUAUUGGCUCUACGCCCAAAUCGUUUCAGAGAUGUUUCUGAAAUAAUAAUGGUCCUCAUUCACGGACUUUACUCAUGGAAAUAAAGAAGAAAAAAAAUUUUCCAACACA